UCCCCCUCACUCGCUUUACAGGAGUGGAGCAGAGAGGAUCAUCCGCUUUCCUUGCUGCUCAGCCGCACUGAUUAUAGAGCGAGAGAGAAAAAGCGAGAGAGAAAGUACAAUUUGUCGUUUAUUUACAUGUUGGCAAACCGGGUUCAAGUUUAGGAUUUUAGGCGAAUGGUGCUUUCUGGAGUUAUGCAUUCGUGAAGGAAUGUUUUUAAAUUUUUAUGGCACUUAGUUGGGACUUGAUACGUGUGAGGAUUCCAUCUGUGGGUGAGGAUUGUAUUAUGGUCUACACGUCUUGCCUCCCUCUGCCUGCUGAGAUGUUGGCGCUUCGGCCAAAAUUCACAAACCUGGACUGAAUAUAUAAUUUUUUUUUGCUGAAAGAAGAGAGGAUCAAAUGGCCGUGAUUCUCACGACUCAAAUAGGGAAUGCUUUCCGGUUGACACGACGACGCAAAGAGGGAAAGAAGGAAUAGCUGAUUUGGGUUUGGGUAGCAGCCGUCGUUUUAUUUUCAUUAUUGCAGCUUUUGAUUCUGCCUUAUUCCUGCGAACCGAAGCUGGGAUGGGAAAUGCUUAGUUCGAGUAAGAAAUCGGAGUAAUACCCACGACAUAUAUCCAAGUGCACUUGAGAGAGGAAGAGUGAGAGGAGUGGAAAUGAUUUUGUUAUUCCCGCUCCUUCUCUCGGUCUUGCUGGAUGGAGCGGUGUGCCAGCUGCGCUUCUCUCUUCCGGAGGAGCAGGAACACGGGACCGUCAUUGGGAAUAUCGCGGAGGAUUUGGGGUUGGACAUCACCAAACUUUCCGCCCGCCGCUUCCAGACUGUGCCCAGCUCGCGGAACCCUUACUUGGAUGUGAACCUGGAGAACGGGAAUCUUUAUGUUAAGGAGAAAAUAGACCGGGAGGAGAUAUGCAGGCAGACAGUACCGUGCAACCUGCACCUCGAGGUGUUUCUGGAGAACCCGCUCGAGCUUUUCCGCGUGGAGAUCGAGGUGAUGGAUAUCAACGACAAUCCUCCCACUUUCCCUGAGACAGACAUCACUGUGGAGAUAACGGAAAGUGCCACCCCAGGUACCCGGUUCCCGGUGGAGAAUGCUUUCGACCCAGACGUCGGGACUAACGCGCUCAGCACAUACGCCAUAACGAACAAUAACUAUUUUUACCUGGAUGUUCAGACACAGAGCGACGGGAACAAGUUUGCGGAGUUAGUGCUGGAAAAACCGUUAGACCGGGAGCAGCAGGCGGUGCAUCGGUACGUGCUCACGGCAGUAGACGGAGGCGUGCCACAACGGACGGGCACCGCGCUCCUGGUCGUUAAAGUCCUGGAUUCCAACGAUAACGCACCCGUCUUCGACCAGUCGGUGUACACUGUGAGCCUACGGGAAAAUUCACCAGUGGGCACUCUGGUUAUUCAGCUGAACGCCACUGAUAUAGAUGAAGGGCAGAACGGAGAGAUAGUGUAUUCAUUCAGUAACCACAACCCGGCGCGGGUAAAGGAUCUUUUUAAAAUCGAUGCCAGGACGGGGAGAAUAGAGGUGGCUGGGGAAGUGGACUAUGAGGAGAGUAGUACACACCAAAUAUAUGUCCAGGCUAAAGACCUGGGAGCAAACGCCGUGCCCGCGCACUGCAAAGUCAUGGUCAAACUGGUCGACGUUAACGACAACACACCGGAGAUCAGUUUCAGCACGGUGACCGAGUCUGUGAGCGAGCAGGACGCCCCGGGCACCGUCAUAGCCCUCUUCAGCGUCACCGACCGGGACUCGGGCGACAACGGGCUGGUAAGCUGCGAGAUUUUGGGUGACGUUCCUUUCAAACUCAAAUCUUCAUUUAAAAACUACUACACCAUAGUAACGGAUGGAAUAUUAGACAGAGAAAACGCAGACUCGUACACAAUCACCGUUGUAGCCAAAGACCAGGGGCUCCCCUCCCUCGCCACAAGCAAAUCCAUCAAGGUACAUGUUUCCGACGAGAACGAUAAUGCACCCCGCUUCACGCAGCCAGUUUACGAUGUGUAUGUGACGGAGAAUAAUGUACCAGGUGCUUUUAUUCACGCGGUAAGCGCCGUGGACCCUGACGUUGGUCCGAACGCCCUCAUUACCUACUCCAUAUUGGAGUGUGACAUCCAGGGCAUGUCCGUCGACACCUAUGUGUCAAUCAACCAGGACACUGGUUACCUUUAUGCAUUGCGUUCAUUCGACUAUGAACAGUUGAAAGAGUUUAGCUUUAUGGUGCAGGCCAAAGACUCCGGGAGCCCAGAGCUCUCCUCCAACAGCACCGUUAAUGUCAUUAUUGUGGACCAGAAUGACAACGCGCCGUCGGUGAUAGCCCCUAUCGGUAAGAACGGCACCGCCAAAGAACACCUGCCGCGCACCGCCGAGCCGGGCUACCUGGUCACGCGUAUUGUCGCCAUGGACGCAGAUGAUGGCGAGAACGCACGGCUCUCCUACAGCAUUCUGCGUGGCAACGAGAUGGGCAUGUUCCGCAUGGACUGGCGGACGGGGGAGCUGCGCACAGCACGCCGCGUCUUCACCAAGCGCGACCCACAGGGCUCCUACGACCUGCUGAUUGAGGUGAGGGACCACGGCCAGCCGCCACUCUCCUCCUCGGCUAGCGUGAGUGUGAUCCUGGUGGAUAGUGUGAUAGAUGGACGGAGUGGAGACCGAGGAGGAUCUUCCUCCAAGUCCAAAGAGACCUCUCUGGAUCUCACCCUCAUCCUCAUCAUCGCCUUGGGUGCCGUCUCCUUCAUCUUCCUCCUGGCUAUGAUCGUGCUGGCUGUGCGCUGCCAGAAAGACAAGAAGCUGGACCUGUACACGUGCCUCAUGGCGGGGGAGUGUUGCCUGUGCUGCAGCCCGUGUUGCUCGCGCCAGGCGCACGGCAGGAAACAGAAAAAACUCAGCAAGUCAGACAUCAUGCUGGUCCAGAGUACCAACGUCACCACCGGUGUGGGCGCUGUGGGCCAGGUGCCUGUGGAGGAGUCUGGUGUCAGCGGCGUCGGGAUGGGAGGUGGGUUUGGUUCCCAUCAUCAGAACCAGAACUCCUACUGCUACCAGGUGUGUCUGACACCGGAGAGCGCUAAAACGGACCUGAUGUUCCUGAAACCAUGCAGCCCCUCGCGCAGCACCGACACGGACCACACCAACCCCCGCGGGGCCAUAGUUGCCGGGUACAGCGACCAGCAACCGGACAUCUUAUCGAACGGGAGCAUCCUCUCCAAUGAGAACAAACACCAGCGAACAGAGCUCAGUUACCUUGUGGACAGACCAAGGAGAGUGAACAGUUCUGCGUUCCAAGAAGCGGACAUUGUGAGUUCUAAAGACAGCGGUCAUGGGGACAGCGAGCAGGGAGACAGUGAUCACGAUGCCACCAACCGGGGUCAUGCCGGUACAGAUCUCUUCUCUAACUGUACAGAGGAGUGUAAGGCCCUGGGUCACUCCGACCGCUGCUGGAUGCCAGCCUUCGUCGCUGGCGACGGUCGCCAGGGCACCGGUGGCGAUUACCGUAGCAACCUGCACGUGCCAGGCAUGGACUCCGUGCCGAACACUGAGGUACCCGCCACCGCCGCGUCCGGUCACCACGACAACGACCUUACGCUGACUUCUGAACUCACGACCUCUGAUAGGUCAUUCUCUACGUUCGGAAAAGAUGUCGGCGGAUGCACCACACUGCCACGGUCAAUGCACCACCUCCACCACCACCACCACCUCCACCAGUCACAUCAGCUGCAUGUCCAACACAACAGCCCAGCUAGAGCUACAGCCACUACUACUACAGACACCACGCUAGAGAGGAAAGACUAUGAGUCCUUAAGGGGUACACUACCGCUACCGUACAAACCCACCUUCUCCCACAAAAGGAUUUGCUAGCUCGUUCCGAGUGGACCUACCAGAGACAGCGUGAAUUUGCACAAUAGAGAACUGGCCAACAGUGCGACAACGUUAGUGAAAGAGAAAGAGAAAGAGAAAGAGAAAGAGAAAGAGAAAGAGAAAGAGAAAGAGAGAGAGAGAGAGAGAGAGAGAAAACAACCAAACACAAAGACAUCUGUGACAACAAGACCAUGGGCUUGUUUUGAAACUUCAUUAUCUGGGUCUGGCCAGCUAGAACAGAACCUUUCAUCUCCAUCACCACGGGAGACAGCAGGGCAAAGUACUGGAGAAAGAACUCUAGAACUACAAAUGUAGAACAGAAGAACUCUAGAACUGAAGCUGUGGAACUGAAGAAGAACUAGAACUGGAGUUGUGGAACUGAAGAACUCUAGAACUAGAACUGUAGAACAGAAGAACUCUAGAACUGGAACUGUAGAACUGAAGAACUCUAGAACUAGAAUUGUAGAACAGAAGAACUCUAGAACUGGAAUUGUAGAACAGAAGAUCUCUAGAACUAGAAUUGUAGAACAGAAGAACUCUAGAACUGGAACUGUAGAACAGUAGAACUCUAGAACUAGAAUUGUAGAACAGAAGAACUCUAGAACUGGAACUGUAGAACAGUAGAACUCUAGAACUGGAACUGUAGAAGAAAGGUGUAGAAGGAACUUCCAGGACCAUAGUUGGCCUUAAUUUCAUCUCAGCAGGCCUGAGACCCCGGGCCCAAAGCCAAAGGACGAACGAUGGAAGAAAACGACUGUGUUUAAGAAAGGGAUGCAGGGAAGAUGUAUCAAUUGGACUUAUAAACCAAGGAUUACAAAAAUAGACAAUAGACAAAGAGGAAUCAAAGAAAGACUGAUGAACAACACAAACAGACGUUUUGUUGUCGGUGACUAGGGGGGUUCGUGGCCAUGGGGUACGCCCCCCCCCCCCGUCUAGUCCAUCUGUGUGUGCCUGUUUACACAAAAAAGAAAUGUUUCUGUACAAACUUCAACCAACCAUCACUAUGAGCCCUUUAGCUGUUUCUACUGUCACCACUACACCAACUGUACAGGAAUGAAGGAUGAGAGGGGGAGAGAGAGAUGGAGGGAAAGAGAUGGAGUGUGUGAGAGUGAGAGAGACAGACAGAGAGAGAGUGAGAGAGAGAGAAAGAGAGAGAGAGAGAGAGAGAGAGAGAGAGAGAAAACCCCAGAAAUGAUGCGAACUAUUAUACAAAAUCAACAUCUCUACUUGACUGUUUUUAUAACUUCUCUGUUUUUUUCCUGUUGUUUUCUCUGUGCGGUCCAAGUGUUCUGAAUCUCCAGUAUUCUGACUUUAUAGUAAAGAACAACUACAACACAAAAUGGCCUACAACACGGCUAGUUGAGUUCCUGCUUCUUUGGGCGACCUGCCUCCAUAACAUUGGUCUGAGAGAAACUUCACAAACCAGAGAAAUGUUGUGGUUUAUAUCAUGUGUGCAAAGUGUUUACUGUGCUAUGUUAAAGCUUAGCCUAUAAAUGAAUAUACAUCUCUCUCUCUAUAUAUAUACAUAUAUAUACAUGUCUAUAUAUAAGAUAUACUUUUCUGAAACUGUGUAACCAUUGGUUAGUUUCUUAUCCACCAUCCAGUACUGUCAAUACCAACUGAUACCAAGUGCUAAAAACAAGAACUUGUAUUCAUUAAACAUAGAGGGCGUGGCUUCACUAUGCAAAGACUCCGCCCCUUCACUCCAACCAAG